AUGGCAUCGAGGAUCGCUGCUAGAUAUAUCUCGCGCAGGUUCUCAAGCGGUGGAAAAGUCCUCAGUGAGGAGGAGAAGGCUGCAGAAAAUAUAUAUAUUAAGAAAAUGGAAAAAGAGAAGUUGGAGAAGCUCGCCCGUAAGGGUCCCAAAUCAGAUGAAUCUCCCGCAACUAGCACUGGAGGCUCGGGAUCUGUAGCUGAUGCUAAGCCGAAUGUUGGGCAGUCGUCCUCAGCUUCUGACGAGGCAGCUGACAGAGAUAAAGUUGCUUGCCUUGUAGGUAUUGUUGCCUUUCCUGCUGGCUAUGUGUGGUAUCGGCUUCAAAAGAAGAAACAACCUGAGGAGGUCCACGAUUGA